AUGUUGGAGGCUCGAGUUCAUCUUGGGCAUAGUACUCAGAACUGGAAUCCUAAAAUGGCUCCUUAUAUUUCCGCAAAGCGUAAAGGUAUUCAUAUUAUAAAUCUUACUAGAACAGCACGUUUUUUAUCCGAAGCUUGUGAUUUGGUUUUUUAUGCCGCGAGUAAGGGAAAAAAAUUCUUAAUUGUUGGUACAAAUAAUGCAGCAGAUGAAGCAGUCGCGCGCGCUUCUAAAAGGGCCAGGUGUCAUUAUGUGAAUAAAAAAUGGCUUGGCGGUAUGUUAACAAAUUGGUCCACCACAGAAACAAGACUUCAGAAGUUCAGGGACUUAAGAAUGGAACAAAAAAAGGGGGGACUCAAUAAUCUUCCAAAAAAAGAGGCAACUAUGUUAAAAAGAAAAUUAGCUCGCUUGCAAAAAUAUCUGGGUGGUAUUCAAUAUAUGACAGGGUUACCUGAUAUUGUAAUCAUUAUUGAUCAACACAAAGAAUAUACGGCUUUACAAGAAUGUAGAACUUUAGGAAUUCCAACCAUUUCUUUAAUUGAUACAAAUUGUGAUCCUAAUCUAUCCGAUAUUGCAAUUCCAGCAAAUGAUGAUGCCAUGGCUUCAAUUAGAUUCAUUCUUAACAAAUUGGUUUUCGCGAUUUGUCAGGAUUGUAUCAUUAACGACUUUAUUAUUUACCACGAAUUUAUUAUGAAUCCAAUUAUUUCUGCUGCUUCUGUGAUUGCUGCUGGCUUUGCCGUAGGACUUGCUUCUAUUGGACCUGGGAUUGGUCAAGGUACUGCGGCGGGUCGUGCUGUCGAGGGGAUCGCUCGACAGCCUGAGGCGGAGGGAAAAAUACGAGGCACUUUAUUGCUUAGUUUAGCUUUCAUGGAAGCUUUAACAAUUUAUGGAUUGGUUGUCGCAUUAGCUCUUUUAUUUGCGAAUCCUUUUAUUUAAUAUUUUUAUUUUUGUAGAAACAGGAGAAUUUGUUUUUUUAAAUUAUAUCGAGAUCGUAUGAGCCGACCAAUGAUUGCGCCGAUCUUUUAUGUUCGUCUUUGAAAGGAAUUGGUCUGCUAAUUCGUUUUCAAUUGAUUCCCACAUUUUCAGAGUAAAAUAGGGGCUCCCUA